CUCCGUUUUACUCGAUUAGUCUAGAUCUGUCCUGCAAAGGGGAAACAUGUGUUCUAGUUUCUCAUCCAUAACUUUGACUGUGAUUUUAAAACCACAUAAAUUGACAGAAAACAAAAUUUGCCAUGGUCUUACUUGUUUUUUUGGUAGAUACCAGCGCGUCUAUGAACCAAAAGACGUGUCUUGGUACCACCUACCUUGACAUGGCAAAGGGAGCUGUGGAAUCUUUUCUUAAAAUACGGUCUCGUGAAAACAACGUGAGUAGAGGUGAUCGUUACAUGCUGGUUACCUACACCGGACCCAAUAAAUCAGUACAGGCUGGUUGGAGAGAAAAUCUUCAAAUCUUUACCAGGGAAUUGAAAAAUCUUCAAGGAUGCAGUCUGUCAAAUGUUGGUUGUGCACUUAAAGACGCCUUUGACCUGUUAAACAUGCACCGUCUGCAAUCUGGCAUUGAUAAUUAUGGAAUGGGACGCAAUCCUUAUUAUCUUGAACCUGCAAUUAUUCUCUUAUUUACAGAUGGAUGUUCAGCUAUGGACAUAGACGGUGUAAUCCCAGAAAUUAAAUUACCCUCUCAUAAUUUACUGCCUGGAGCUGAACUGACAAAUGAGUUAUACAGAUGGGAUCAGAGAUUAUUUGUUUUAAACUUAAAGAUACCUGGAUUUGCUUCAUCAGUUUUUGAAAAGUUGUUAAUGAUACAACCAGAGGAUCAGGCUUUAUCAAAUUUAUGUGAACUUACGGGAGGUAAAUUGUACAACGUUGGAACACAUAAAAAUUUAAUGCAAUCGAUGGAGUCAAUAGCUCAAAAAAUGUUGACUCCGGGUGUGAUUAUAAAUUUUGAGAAAUAUGGAGCUGAUCCUGAAGAUAUUAUUGAAGGUGUUGACAAGCAAGAAAAUGAACACAAUUCUCCUGUGACCGAACUUGCACAACAUUCUUCAACAAAAGAAAACUUACACAAUGGUUUUAUUUCAUCUCAUACUAAUGGGCAACUUAGCGAGACUUUUGAACAUCCUGUCUUGCAUAAUGGUUUUGCUGUAGACCCUCCAAAGAUUGCAAAUGGUCCAUAUUGUGGAAAGGGGUUACUACCGUCACCAGCACUUGUACCGCCCUCACGAUUGCCAUCUCUCAUGGCAUCAUCUGUACCAAUUCCAGUGAAUAUGCAAAAUGAUCAAGUAAAAGGAAUAUUGCCAGUGCCACAAAUGCCUGGACGGAUCUCGCCAAUGAUGUUUGUUCCAAAUAACAGACAUCAUUUGUCGGUGAAGAAUCCAAUGCCGAAUCCACUACCUAAAAUAAAUGGAAGCUAUGUCGAUGAGAAACAACACAAUUCUUUUAAAGCUGAAGGAAAUUUGACUCUACCUAAAACUGAAGCACAAGUAACUAGUUCUAUGAGUAUACCAGAUAUACCUAUUAGAGGUGAAGAACAGCCAAGUGUUGAUACCAACCGCAAUCUCUUAUCGCCAAGUGUCGCAAAUACAAACUCUUCUACUUGGCAAAAGCAACGACGAAUGAUAUAUGUCCGAACUAAUAUUAAAGGAACUGUAGGUCAUUGGCCAAUUCCUGAAAGUUUCUGGCCAACCUCAUCUACUUCCGUAAUUCCUCCUCGAGAUUGUCACCCUAAUGUGAAAUUCUUGUGUAAGGCAACAGAACCUAUGAUUAUUGAGAAUAUGCCAUUUGACAAAUAUGAACUAGAGCCAUCACCUUUAACUCAGUUCAUUCUCGAAAGAAAACAACCAAAUGUUGGAUGGCAGACAUUUAUCAGUGGUAGCUCGCCAUCAUCUGAACUUGGGUAUCCGUUUGGUUAUCUAAAAGCAUCAACAAACCUUCAAUGUGUUAAUUUAUUUGUCAUGCCAUACAAUUAUACCGUCAUAUUUCCUUUACUAGACGAGCUUUUUAAAAUGCAUAAAUGUAAACCUACUGUAAAGUGGCGUCAAGCAUUUGAAGAAUACUUGAAGAGCAUGCCGAGCUAUUAUAGUGCACCUCUGCGAAACGCAUUAAGGCGAAUGGGUGCACCAAACAAUCUAAUUCCUGAUCAUAUAGACGGUUCCAUGAAUUACAGUGUAGUAUCUUACCUGAAGAAGGUAAAACAUCAAGCGAAAAUUGAAGCUGAACGUCUUGCCAAUUUACAUAGUCAGCAGCAGACAAUGGAAAUACCACACUUAAAUAUUGCAGGGGCACCUCAAAUAUCAGACGGUAAAUUAAAAGAUUUCAAGCAGUUUUUAAUUCAAAAAACUUCAUCAACAAUCAAUCGGGAACUUUCUCACAUCCAAGUAUCCAAGAAUAAAAGCGUGGAAGAAUCAAAAGAUCAAAUGGCAAAUCGCAAUCUGCCGGUCCCAGUUGAGAAAUCUCACGUUCGAAGUUACAAAAACCCUUUCGAUAUUCAUCGUGGAGAAGUGUUGCAACACCUCGACAGAAUCCGGACAAACUUCUUCCACAUAUCUUGCCUUUCUAACAGUGUGCAAGACGAAGAUAGUCAGCAUCAAAUUUCAAUUGCUCAGAUGGGAAACUAUCAAGAUUUUAUCAACCAGAACAAACCGCUUCGUGAAGUCGAUCCAAGUCAAGCACGUGUACAUACAUUUGGAAAUCCUUUCAAAUUAAAACAAGAUCAGAUUAUAGCUGUGGAUGAAGCCGAUGUUAACGAUGUCGCUUUUAAUCAAAACUCUCGUAAACGUGUUAGUGGCGACGCUUCCAUGAUAUCGCAAAAAAAUAAGAAAAAAAGGUCCGAAACGCCACCUCCUAGUAGAAGGGCCGUGGGUCCACCGAACACUCCUCCACCGAAGUCUUAUUUUAAAAUUUCUUCGGAGUCAGCUAAGGAAUCUUUGCAACUACAGGAGGCAAAGAAAGAAAACAAGUCUUCAGAGGCUAAAGUGAUGCUGCCCACUGAAUCUUCUGCUAAAAACGAUGUGGGCAAAAAACAUAAUAGCGUGAAUCAACAAUUGCGAAAACUUCAGCUGAUGCAUAAAAACAAAAAGGAAGGAGGUUUCGAUGUUAUCAACGAGAAGUAUGAUCAAGAGCCUGGACUCGAAGGUUCGCCUAUACUUUCAAUACUACGGAAUUCCUUUGAAGAACAAGAGGAGAGGGAUAAUGACGAACUACGUGAAAUACACGAAAAUAAACUUUUAUAUAAAGAAGGGGACAUCUCGAGAAGUAGUAGUAGUCGCAGUACUCGCAGCAAGUCGGGACAAUCAUCUGUUACGCCGGUAACUAUCGACGAACUACCGACCGAUGUGAUUCGCAAAGCUCGUCUUCAACUGCAACGUAGAAGUAUUGUCAAAGUGCGCUUAACAUUAUGGAAGGCGAUAAGAGAAAGAGCUGAAUUCGAAUCGAUUCUUGGUUUGCUACAACCGUUAACCGUCAGUACGGAAGCGAAGUACAUAUUUUUAACGAACUUAAUACGCGAAGCAAAUGAAUUUCAGUUAGUGGAGUUGUGUGAAAAACUGACCGCCAUCACACCCAGACUUCGACGUGUGCUUGACACGUGACUAGAAUAUGCAUUGUGUAAUGUAGAAUUGUGAGAUUGUUAAGAUGUACAUAAUUUUAUA